AUGGAGCAGGUAAAGAAGCAGGACAGACUGGAUCAACAUGGAGCCACAGGAAAGACUGGAACAGGACUAAGCCACAGGCCAGAGUGGAGCAGUAUGGAUUUGGUGGAACAGCAAGAAAAAGGGUGCAGACUGUUUGCUGAAGAUGCCAUUGGCUAUUCUCAGGCUGGAGAAAUCACAUUAGGAGGUCUGUUUUCUGUCCAUAUGGGAGUAUUUGCACCUUCUGUAACCUAUAGGGAAAGUCCAAAACCUUUACAGUGUGUCAGGUUUCACAUCAGGUAUUACCGGUUUCUCCUUGCCAUGGUGUAUGCCGUAAUGGAAAUUAAUGCCUCAGGUGAUCUAUUGCCCAAUAUAACACUGGGCUUCAUCCUCUAUGAUUCUUGCUACAAUGAAGUACGAUCAUUAAUUGGUACAAGAUGGAUUUUAUCAGGGAAAAUAAAUGCACCAAAUUUUGAUUGCAAUAAGCAUAACAUACCAUUGGCUAUUAUUGGCGACAUGCCCUCUAAGGCCUCAGUGCCUGUAGCCAGGAUCUUGGGAUUGUACAGAUAUCCACAGGUUAGCUAUGCUUCAGGCACACCUCUACUGAGUGAUAAAAUACAGUUCCCCUCAUUCCUUAGAACAUUAAAUAAUGGUGAUUAUGAAGGGUAUGCUAUUGGUAAGCUAUUGCAGUACUUCAACUGGACCUGGGUGGGGAUAAUAUUUUCAGACAAUGACUUGGGGAGAGCAGGUCUUCAAAUGAUUACAAAAGGACUUGAAAGUUAUGGUGGAUGUACUGAAUUUCAAGAGAUACUACCAAUAGUGCCCUCCAUGGAGUCUGUGUUCCGCAUCAUUAAUGUUGUUAAAAAGUCCAAGGACUGA